UAUAUUGAAGCGAAAGCGGAUCGCGUAACGGUGAUAUUCAGUACGAUUUUCCGUGAUCCGGACGAUGUGAUCAUUGGGAAACUAUUUCUGCAGGAAUUCCGUGAGGGACGAAAGGCGUCGCAAACCGCGCCUCAAGUGCUCUAUUCGGUCGGCGAACCCCCACUCGAGCUGAGAAGUUGUGCAGAUGCGCGUGUCGGUGAUAAUGUCGGUUAUAUCACGUUCGUGCUCUUCCCACGCCAUACAAACAAGAACGCACGCGAUAACACCAUCAAUCUGAUACAUACAUUCCGUGACUACCUUCAUUACCAUAUCAAAUGCUCAAAGGCCUAUAUGCAUUCACGUAUGCGUGCGAAAACGUCAGAUUUCUUGAAAGUUUUGAAUCGGGCGAGACCUGAGGGAAGGAUCGAGAAGAAGACGUUCUCGUGA